UCAAUGUUAACUGUUGAGCAGACAUCAUUCGGUAAACUACCGGAUCGUAAUAGCGUCGUUAUCAAACAGCUAGGAUUUUUCUUUGGAUAUAUUUAACUCGUUUUAAUAAUCUGUCCAAAAAUGACUACUGUAACGCAGAAAAAGACGGAGAUUACCACCUCUAGUACAAGCUAUGAAGAUGGUAAAUCACUUCCUAGGAGCGGAUAUAUCUACACGAGUCGAAUUGUCCCUCGAGGUACUGUCACUACUCGCGCUUCGAGGUCCAGCGGUAAUAUUAACAGCGGGGUAUAUCAUACUUAUGAUUUAAGUGCAUCAAUUCCCGUAUCUGGAGCUUUCAAUCUUACCUCGACCAGUGUCCAUAACGUUAAAGCAAACAGGGAGAGAGAGAAGCAAGACCUGCGGGACUUGAAUGAAAGGUUUGCUAACUACAUUGAAAAAGUCCGAUUUUUGGAGGCGCAGAACAAGAAAUUAGCCGGUGAGCUGGAAGAACUUAAAUCAAAAUGGGGUAAGGAAACAUCUGCAAUUAAGGAGAUGUACGAAACCGAAUUAGAAGAGGCUCGGAAGCUGAUUGAUGCGACCAACAAAGAAAAAGUUACCUUGGACGUUCGAGUUACCGAACUGAUCGAUCAACUUGAGAGACAACAAAAAGAAUUGGAAGAAUUGCGUUCAUUCCACCAAAGUGACCAAGAACAGAUUGCUAGGCAGAACCAACAACUUGCUGAUUUAGAAGGCGAGAUCAGCAUGUUGCGUAGAUCUAUCGAAUCUCUCGAAAAAGAGAAGAUGAGGCAAUCAAGUAUCCUGACUAGGAUGAACGACGAAAUGGAGAAACUCCGAAUGGACUUGAAUAACGAAACCAUCAACCACUUAGACGCUGAAAAUAGAAGACAAACACUUGAAGAAGAGCUUGAAUUCCAGAAAGACUUACAUGCACAGGAGCUGAAAGAAUUGGCAGCUCUCGCAUACCGAGACACAACCGCUGAAAACCGUGAAUUCUGGAGGAACGAACUAUCUCAAGCUAUUCGUGACAUUCAACAAGAAUAUGAUGCCAAAUGUGAUCAAAUGCGUGGAGAUAUGGAAGCAUAUUACAAUCUCAAAGUUCAAGAAUUCCGUACCGGUGCUACCAAACAAAAUAUGGAAGUUACUCGCAACAAAGAAGAAAAUGUAAAACUGAAAAGCAAUAUGAACGAAAUUCGUAACAGACUUACUGACUUAGAAGCAAGGAAUGCUCAACUGGAAAGAACAAAUCAAGAUUUGAUGCGAGAAUUAGAAGAAAAAGAUAGGCAAAACGAAUUGGAAAGUUCUCAAUACAAAGAAGAAAUUACCAAAUUACGUGGAGAAAUGGAAAGCAUUUUGAAAGAACUGCAAGAUUUGAUGGAUAUCAAACUAUCACUUGAAUUAGAAAUUGCUGCAUACAGGAAGUUGUUGGAAGGAGAAGAGACCAGGAUCGAGUUAGUACAGCCUCCAAUGACUUACCGAAGCCGAGAACCCUACACACCAGACUUGAUUAAAAGAGAAGUUCGAACGACGAGCCAUAGUGCAAGAGUAAUGCAAAGCAAAGCGAUCUCACCAGAGAAAAUUGUAAUGGAGCAUAGCGCUCUAACAGAAAGCUACCACCAGACCGGAGAAGAAGCAGAUGACGAAGGGAAAGACAGCGAUUCCGACACACAUACAGAAGCUGAGGCCGAAGAAACUAAAGCUGAUUCAGAUGCUGAUACCGGAACAGGUCUAGAUGAAGUGAAAGAGGAGUUGAUAUUCAAAACAGAUUACAGAGACGUGACAGCUGAGAAAUCUCAGUCGCCUGAUGAAGACGUCGAAAACGUAGCUUCAGAAGCUGAAGAGGAUAUCAUCACUGUAGAGACAGUGCGAACAGUAAAAUCUGUGAAAACAGUCGUAACGACAAGUGAAGAAACAGAGUUGGAAAAAGCAGAAUCAGAGAGAACAGAAUCUGUUCAAGCAGAAUCAGAGAAAGCAGAAUCGGAAAAAGCCGAGUCUGAAAAAGCUGAAUCGGAAAAAGCCGAGUCUGAGAAAGCUGAAUCGGAAAAAGCCGAGUCUGAAAAAGCUGAAUCGGAAAAAGCCGAGUCUGAAAAAGCUGAAUCGGAAAAAGCCGAGUCUGAAAAAGCUGAAUCGGAAAAAGCCGAGUCUGAAAAAGCUGAAUCGGAAAAAGCCGAGUCUGAAAAAGCUGAAUCGGAAAAAGCCGAGUCUGAAAAGGCUGAGUCGGAACGGGCCGAGUCUGAAAAAGCUACAACUCCAGCUGAAUCUGAAAAAGCCGAAUCUGAAAGGGCCGAAUCUGAAAAGGCUUCAACACCAUCAGAACACGAAAAGUCAGUCGCUGACGGUCUUGAUAAGGCUGAAACAUUGAAAACAGCCUCUGAAAAAUGUGUUUCACCAGCAGAGGAUGAAGUCAGCGAUAAGGCUGAGUCGGAGAAAUCUGUAAAAUCUGCCGGGUCCCCUGAAAAGGAAAAACCGUUGAAGUCAAGCAAAUCACCUACAGGAUCUGAAGCAUCUGUUGCUGAAGCUCAAUCACCUUCGAAAACAGAAUCUAAAAAGGUAACUUCCCCAAUUUUAUCUGAACAUGCCAAAUCACCCAUCCCUGCAGAUGAUGCACUCACUCUCACCGCUAAAUCUCCCGUAGUAUCUGAAGCACCUAAAUCCCCAACUAUUUCUGUUAAAUCUGAAUCGGAAAAGUCUGAAUCAGUUACAUCUCCCCAUAAAUCAGAAUCCCCUAAAUCCGAAAAGUCACCCGUGCUAUCUGAAAAACCUAAAUCACCUAGUGAACACGUUGAAGAUGUAAGCGUUAAGACCUCUACCCCAUCAGAGCACUCACCAUCGCCUGAUGAAACAUGUGAAAAAUCCUUAUCAGUCACCACAGUCCGUACCGUGUCAACAGUAAAGUCAGAAAAAGUAGAAACAGAAAAAUCAACAACUGAAACAACAGAAAGUAGUGUAUCGCCGAAAUCACCUGUAUCAUCAGAGAAAGCAGAAUCAGUGAAAUCUAGUCAAGCUCUCUCGCCUUCGCCUUCCGAAAAAGCAGAAUCUGAAAAGUCCAAAUCUCCUGUGACACCAGAACCUGCAAAAUCUCCCAAAUCCCCAGUACACUCGGAAAAAGCGGAAUCUGAAAAGUCGAAAUCUCCUGUGACAUCAGAACCUACAACGUCCCCGAAGUCCCCCGUGCCAUCAGAAAAAGCAGAAUCUGAAAAGUCAAAAUCACCUGUCACCUCAGAGCCUGCAAAAUCCCCUGUUCUAUCGGAAAAGGCAGAAUCUGAAAAGUCAAAAUCCCCUGUUACGUCAGAACCAGCAAAAUCUCCUGUACCCUCAGAAAAAGCAGAAUCUGUAAAAUCACAAUCUCCUGUAACAUCAGAACCUGCAAAAUCCCCUGUUCCCUCAGAAAAAGCAGAAUCUGUAAAGUCAAAAUCCCCUGUGACAUCAGAACCUGCAAAAUCUCCUGUACCCUCAGAAAAAGCAGAAUCUGAAAAAUCAAAAUCCCCUGUCACCUCAGAACCUGCAAAAUCCCCUGUUCUAUCGGAAAAGGCAGAAUCUGAAAAGUCAAAAUCUCCUGUGACAUCAGAGCCUGCAAAAUCCCCUGUACCCUCAGAAAAAGCAGAAUCUGAGAAAUCAAAAUCCCCUGUCACCUCAGAACCUGCAAAAUCCCCUGUACCCUCAGAAAAAGCAGAAUCUGUAAAGUCAAAAUCUCCUGUGACAUCAGAACCUGCAAAAUCUCCUGUACCCUCAGAAAAAGCAGUGUCCGAGAAUUUAAAAUCUCCUGUAACAUCAGAACCUGCAAAAUCUCCUGUACCCUCAGAAAAAGCAGAAUCUGAAAAGUCAAAAUCCCCUGUCACCUCAGAACCUGCAAAAUCCCCUGUACCCUCAGAAAAAGCAGAAUCUGAAAAAUCAAAAUCCCCUGUNCCCUCAGAAAAAGCAGAAUCUGAAAAGUCCAAAUCUCCUGUGACAUCAGAACCUACUAAAACACCUGUAUCUCCUGCCGCUUCAGAAAAAGCAGAAUCUGAAAAGUCUAAAUCCCCUGUAACCUCAGAACCAGGAAAGUCUCCUGUACCCUCAGAGAAAGCAGAAUCUGAGAAAUCACAAUCUCCUGUGACCUCAGAACCUGCUAAGUCCCCUGUAUCCUUGGCCCCUUCAGACAAAGCGGAAUCAGAAAAGUCAAAAUCCCCCGUUACCUCAGAACCUGCAAAAUCCCCAAAGUCCCCUAUCCCCCCAGAAAAAGCAGAAUCUGAAAAAUCAAAGUCACCUGUAACGUCAGAAACUGCGAAGACCCCUGUAUCUCCUGCCCCUUCAGACAAAGCAGAAUCUGAAAAGUCAAAAUCUCCUGUCACCUCAGAACCUGCAAAAUCCCCACAAUCCCCUGUACCCUCAGAAAAAGCAGAAUCUGUAAAGUCAAAAUCUCCAGUUCAGUCACCAGCCGCAAAAUCGCCUUCAUCACAUGUGCCCUCAGAAAAUGAAGUUUUAGAAAAGUCAAAAUCAUCAGUCUCUUCAGAAUCUUCUAAAUCCUUCAAAGCCUCUUCACACACAGUGGAGACAGAGUCAAUGAAAUCGAAACAAAGGCUUUCGCCUGAACCCUCUGAAAAAUCAGAAUCUGAAACCCUUAAAUCAUCUGUGAUAGCUACGUCUCCCCACUCCCCUGUUAAAUCUGACUCAGAACAUUUGUCUCCUGUAUUGUCUGAACAAUGUAUAACCGAUAAAUCGGAUCAAUCUCUUUCACCUGUGGCCUCUGAAAAACACAAAUCUUCAAUUACUUCUGAAUCUUUAAAGUCCUCUGUGAUAUCUGAGAAAUCCAAGUCUGUACCAACUGCUCCCUCUGACUCAGUGUUACCCACUUCUCCCUCAGAAAAAGCUAAAUCCACUGUGAUAACCAAACCUGCUAAAUCACCUUCUAGCCCUGAAAAAGUUAUUUCGGAUAAAAUACAGUCAUCUAAGAAAGCAACAUCACCUAUUCAAUCUGAGGAUGCAGACUAUCUGAAAGACAAGUCCUUUGUAAAAUCUGAACCAGUUAUCUCCCCAAAUAUUUUGGAAAAUUCGCAAAAGGCGUAACUUCUACGACCACUCAAGAACGUCGGACAAUGAGUGAAGAAAAAAAAGUCAGCUCUACCAAGGAAUAGGGAAAAUCAACACAAAAGAAAAACAAAAUACAACAAAAAGACUGAUAACAUAGAUUUUUCAUAUGAACAGUUUUUACAGUAGCAACAACAAUUUUUUUACAAAAUGUGAAGAAAACAUGAACAUUACACAAAAAAUAUUGGCAUUGUUAUUUACCGCCAUUGCUGAUCUUAUAUUUGUCUAGUAAAACAAAUUGUUCAAUGUG